CGUUGGUCUUCCACCUCUCCCUCUCCACUAAGAACAGCCCCAGCAGCACAAGAAGAAGGGUGGUGAAGCUCACGGCAUCUUGGACCGGUCUUGAGCUUUACACAAAGAAAAUGUUUCAGUUGCUGCAGACUGCUUAUUCUACAAUAAGCAUACAAUAAGCACUCUGCUUCCCUCUCCAUCUGACAUUUUCUAGCUUUCUUUACAAGAGAAGUUUGAAUCCAUCUGGCAUACAAAGGAGUACAAAAGAGCUGUAAAAGAAGAAGGAAGGGGUCUUUCUAUUUGGGACACUUUUUCACAUACUCCUGUUUAAAGAUGUCAGCAGAUGUAUCUUCAUGCCAUGGCGGAGAUGGUGGUGGUCAAGAUCCACCGAAUCCUACUACGAUCCCCUCCAGUUGCGAGUCAGUGGCUCCACUAAAGAGAAAAGGUCGUGGGCCUGCCGCUGGGAAAAAUUUAGAUGACAGAAGGCGAGAAGCAGGACAUCCACUUCCCAUAGUGGUUGACCCUAUCACAUACAAGGUGGUGGGAACAGAACAUGCUGCUUUUGUACGCCUUUUGGGCACCCAAGUCACAUCAGCGGUUCCAGGAUAUUACAAGGAUUGGACGAGUGUCCCAAAACGGUAUAAGGACAAUGUCAUUAGUAAAGUGAAGCACAUUUAUCAAAUAGAUGGGCGACCAGAUUAUACCACUCUCAUUGACAGUAUCGAUGCUGAGAUGUCUGAGAGAUACCGAGAUAGGAAAAGUAAGCGGCACACCCACUUCAAAAAAUUCUACAAAGGACCAGAUGAUUGGGAUGAGGUCCUAAAGAAUCCACCUAAAGAUGUCAACGCCGAUGAGUGGAAACAAAUUUGUGAGUUUUUUAGGAGUCCAGAGUUUAUUGCGCGCUCAGUGAAGAACAAAAUAAAUCGAGACCAAAUGAAGUACUCUACAACACAAGGAACGAAAUCAUUAGCGGCCACUCGUCACGAAAAAUUGAAUCCGAACCUCAUUGAGGAAUGGAAGGAGUAUCACUGGACAAAAAAGAAUAAGAGUUUUGUCAACGAGGAUGCUGAACGAGAUUAUGUUAAGUUAAAGUCAACUCUUGAAGCUGAGACUCAACAGACAGUUGAAUCUGGUACCGAUGAUUCUUCCUCGGUCGAUCAAAUGAAGAUACUAAGUCAAGUUCUUGGUGAAAGGCGAGGCCACCAGCGAGGAGUUGGCCGCACAUUAAAGGGAAAAUCAUUAACCCGUCCAUCUCAGAGAUCUCAAUCUCAGGCACCACCUCAACAACCGACUGAGGAAAUACGUGAAUUGGUUGACAUUGUGAAGGUCAUGAAUGAACAACUUCAGUACGUGUGUCAGCAACUUCCGCCUGAAAAACGUCCAACAACAAACGUGGAUAUACAGAAUACAUAUCAACGGUUUUUCGAGAAGUAUGUCGGCUCAUCUUCUGAAACUCAGACACAGCACACGUCUCAAGCUUCAGCUUCUCGGCCUUCACCAGGCCAUCCCGACACGUCUGCACCAAAUUUGCCAUCUCAACCUUCGACUAAUCCAUAUAUGUAUCAAUGGCCGAUGCCUCCGUACCCUCAGGCUUAUCAUCCUCAUAUGGGUGGACCUUCUUCCCAACCCUCGCCUCCUCAUAUGAGUGGAUCGGUGUCUCAACCACCGCCAUAUCCUUAUCCUUAUCCAUACAUAUAUGGACCUGGAGGAUCGUCAUUACCUCCACAGUAUCCAUGGUCGAUGCCUCCGCACACACCACAAGCACCGCAGCCACCGCCGCCACAACCGCAAGCACCAGAAGAAGGGGACAAUACAGAUGACGUUGAUGGUUGAGAUGUAUUAAAUAAUAACUUUUAAUUAAUAUAUUAUUGCAUGAAUAUUUAAUUUGGAUAAUAUUGUAUUAGU